AUGUCUUCGCUUAGCAAUCAAAUCAUCGUCGUCGGUGGUGGUCUCUCUGGUCUUUCUGCUGCUCACACUGUCAUUGAACAGGGUGGUAACGUUCUCUUGCUUGACAAGAACCCAUUCUUUGGAGGAAACUCUACAAAAGCUACCUCGGGCAUCAACGGUGCUUUGACACGUACUCAAAUUGCUCUUGACAUCAAAGACUCUGUUGAGCAAUUUUAUCAAGACACCUUAAAAUCCGCACGUGAUUUAGCUCGUCCAGACCUCAUUCGCGUCCUUACCGGUCGCUCUGCCUCUGCUGUCGAAUGGUUGCAAGACAAGUUCACGCUUGACCUCUCUCUCGUAUCUCGUCUCGGUGGCCACUCAUUCCCCCGUACACACCGUGGUAAGGAGCAAUUCCCAGGUAUGACCAUUACCUAUGCCUUGAUGGAAGGAUUUGAGGAACUUGCUUUGAAACAGCCUAAUCGUGCAAGAAUCAUAAAGAGAGCCAAAGUCGAAAACUUGAUUAAAGACGAACAAGGUACGAUCAUUGGCGUUGAGUAUGUCCUUGUUGGCAAAGGCUCUGACGGUCAAGUUCACCGUGAGUAUGGCCCCGUCAUCUUAGCCACAGGUGGUUACGCCGCCGAUUUUACCGAGGACAAAUCGUUACUCAAGAAGUACCGCCCGGAAUUGUACAAUCUUUCAACCACGAAUGGUGACCACUGUACUGGUGAUGGUAUCAAGAUGGCUGCUGCUGUCGGCGCCAACACCAUCGAUCUCGAAAAAGUUCAAGUCCAUCCUACCGGUUUGGUCGAUCCUAAGGAACCUGAUGCCAAAGUCAAGUUCUUGGCUGCUGAAGCUCUUCGUGGCUGUGGUGGUAUCCUUCUUGAUGCCGAUGGUAACCGUUUCUGUGAUGAACUUGGUCACCGUGACUAUGUAACUGGUAUGAUGAACAAGAACAAGUUCCCUAUCCGUCUUAUCCUCAACACAGCUGCCUCCAAGGAAAUUGAAUGGCACUGUCGUCACUACGCUGGUCGUGGCCUCAUGCGCAAGUUUGACAAUGGUGAAGCUUUGGCUAAGGAGAUGGGCAUCUCUCCCAAGCACCUCGAAAAGACCUUUGAGACGUACAAUGCCAUCGCAGAGGGUAAGAUUAAGGAUCCUUGGGGCAAGCGAUUCUUCCACAACGUGCCUAUCAAGAUGUCUGAUUACUUCUAUGUCGCCCUCAUGCAACCUGUACUUCAUUAUACCAUGGGUGGUGUCGAAAUUACCCCUGACGCUGAAAUCAAGUCAACCAACGGUACUCCCAUGAACGGUCUCUUUGCUGCUGGUGAAAUGUGUGGUGGUGUUCACGGUGCUAACCGUCUUGGUGGUUCCUCUCUCUUGGGUUGCGUCGUCUUUGGUCGCGUUGCCGGACAAACCGCUUCCCGAUACCUCUUCUCCAAGCUUGUCAAUAACACUCAAGUUGCUCAACAGCGUUUGAAUGCUAUCGGUCAACACUUGAACGGUGGCCUCGGCAUCAACAUUCAAGUCAAUCCCAACAAUACACUUAGCUUGGAAAUCGCCUUGCCCAACAACAACGGUAGUCAAACGGCACAACCUCUUCCUACCUCAGAAACCCCUGCUGCAGGUGCUGCUGCUGCUGCCAUUGCUCAAGAAGAAGCCAAGAAGACGAGCGAACCCAAAAAGUUAAAGGAAUAUACAUUGGAUGACGUUGCAAAGCAUAACAAGCCAGAUGACUGUUGGGUUGUUGUCAAUGGCCAAGUCUUGGAUGUCACAGACUUCCUUCCUGAUCAUCCUGGUGGAAAGAAGGCUAUCUUGAUCUAUGCUGGUCGUGAUGCAACAGAAGAGUUCAACAUGAUGCAUAAGCCUGAUGUGGUUGAGAAAUACGCUCCUCAGGCCAUCAUUGGCACUCUUAAAAAGUAA